AUGAAGGAUAAGGAGAAGCGAUUUUUAUUGCCGAAACGGAAAGAUGUCGCUUAUGGAAGUGUGUCCAGGUAAGGGUAUUGGAAUGUCGUUUUUGAAAUUUGUAGUCAAAUUUCGGUUUUUUGAAGUCAAGAAUCAGAGGAAUCUAUAAAAGAUAGGAAAAUAGUUUUUAGGCUUGGAAGAGCGAAUGGGUAAUUUAAGUCUAGACAGGGUGACAGGGGUAGAGGUGUCAUACUAAAGAGGUUCGACAGUAUAUAUUAUGGUAAUCGCUUGUCUUUUUUAUGACCAUUCAUUGCACGAUACAACCUUUUAUACUAUUUUUAUGUCAUUUUAUACCUGUUUUGUUAUACAAAACAAGAACUAUUAAUCCCAUGAAAUAAACAUGCCUUUGACAAAGCUUGUACUAAAGAACUACUAUUAAUUUUUAAAUUAUAAUAGUGCCAUUAACUUUUUAUAAACUAUUUUCAAAAUACUUUACUAAACUUUUAAUUUUUAUUUUAAAAAAAGUUCAAAGUAACUAAAAAUGGACGUAGUUUUCUAUAUCACAGAGAAACGCCAUGUGUAUCUGGUAAAACAAAUGAAGUACAAAAUCAUGGAGGAAUUUGAAAGUUAUGGUUAUUUUGUUUUAUAGUCAUAAAUAGACAGUAAAGGGCCGCUUUGGUUGGGUCUUAGCCUUCGGUCUUACGUAUGCCGGCUCGGUCGGGUCUUAUCAAACUUGGUUUGGCGCGACUGGGCCUGGGGCUGAGCCAGAUUUCACUUAGUGGAUUCCCUUUUCAGGUCUACUGAUAUCUACUUUAAAAAUUUGCAUAAAGUAAAGAAAUCUACAAGUCUCUUUGUUUGUAAACUAAAAUGUUUUAAUUUUGUUUUUUUUACCAGACGUUUAUCACAAUGAGCGACUCAAGAUUGCUAGCUAAUACUAUAUUCUUAUAUACACGAACUAAUUUCAUAGUCUUAUAUACAGCAAGUUGAGUACAAUUGUAAAGUGUAAAGUCUUUUAUUUUUAGCGAAACCGGCUCCACCACUUCGUAUGACAAUGUCCCAGGGCCUGAAAAAACACUGGGAUUGGUGAGUUUUUAAGAUUUUUUAAUUUAUCUUAUACCAGCGACGUCACUAUUGAUCUUUAUUUUUUCUGGGGAAGGGUAGUGAAUGUACCUUUCGAUCACCUUUGCCUAGCGACAUUCCUGCUCAUAAACUAUUAAAUGUUAAAAAAGAUGAUAGAUAAAAAUUUUAGUUGUCCUUCUGUCAACCGUUUGAUUACAUUUUACUGACAAUUGGUGUAAUAGCUUCUGUGAUUCAUGGAGCUGGGUUUCCUUUACUUUCGAUCUUACUUGGAGGAAUGACUACUGUGUUUUUGAGAGCUCAAAACUCGGCUUUUGUGGCUGGUCAAGAUGUUAAACAAGCUUCACUGCCUCCGAUUUCACAGUAAGUUCUAAAGAUUCGAAUUUUAAAACUAAAUUUGUAAAAUUAAAAAAUUUUGUAGUUCCGUUGAUUAUAGCAAGAUUCAAUAUUACAACUUUUUUAAAAAAUCAUGAGUUUUUUUAACAAUACCACAAUUUCUAUAAAUUUUGUUUUUAGGGACGAGUUCAAUGAUAAUGUAGUAGAAUACACUAUCUACUACCUUAUUUUAGGUGUAGCUAUGUUUGUCACCUCGUAUGUUCAGGUAAUAUCUUUAUAAGUUGCAUUUUUACUUUUAGGCUUAUGUUCUUUCUAAUUUAAAAAAUUUUAAUUUUUAAAAUACGAGAGCCAAAAAAGUUUUUUCAUUAAAGUUUACGGUUCUUUAACGUAUAAAAACGACAAUACUUUCUUGUCGGUUUAAUUUUUAAACAAUACGUUUACAAUAAGUCAGUUCAAACUUGAGGACGUAGAAGAGUGCUAUGUUAUGAGAAAACCAUCAAAAAACUAUUUUACUAUAUUGUUUUAGGUAUCGAACUCUAAAAUUCUUCCUUUUUAGAUAGCUUGCUUUGAAGUCUUUGCCGAACGAUUGGUUCAAGCUCUACGACAAAACUAUUUGAAAUCAGUGUUACGGCAAGAAAUAGCGUGGUUUGAUACUACUCAAACUGGCAGUUUGACUACAAGACUCAAUGAGUACGUACUAUAAUAUAUGUUUUUGGAGCAAAUAUUGCUCUGCGGUGAAUAUGACUUUACUAUUCAUAUAAAAUUAUCUUUGACAAAACAUGACUGUUGAUAAAAAUCACUUUCAGUGAUCUAGAACGAGUCCGAGAAGGUAUCGGAGACAAAGCCUCACUCUUCAUUCAAAUGAUCUCCGCCUUCUUCGCCGGCUUCAUUGUCGGCUUCAUCUACAACUGGCAAAUGGCUCUAGUCAUGUGUGCAUUCACACCACUGUUAGCAUUUACAAACUCAUGGAUGGGCAAGUUUACAGCCAGCCGGGUGCACAUGGAACAGGAAAAGUAUGCAAUUGCUGGAAGUAUCGCUGAAGAAGCGUUCGGAUCAAUGAGAACGGUACUCGCCUUUAAUGGACAGUACAGGGAGUUGGAUCGGUAAGGUUGUUUUGGUUUAAAAUAGGUUUGUGAGAGGAGUUUGGCUUAAAAUUAUUUUUUAAAUUAGGGAUGACACAUUUUUUGGACGGAUGACUUAUUUCCUAAAAUUUCGAUAUUUUUUUGUAAUCAUGGUAAAAAAUGAAAAAUCAUUUUAAAAUUUUUUAUAUUAGAGAUGACAUAAUUUAUAGAAGGAUGACAUUUUUUUAUAGAAUUUUGGAAAAAUAAUAAUGUUGAAGAUAAUGAAAUUUAAAAUUUGAAAAUGUAGGUCAAAAUUAAUGUUUCAGCUACGAAAAAGCCCUAGAAGACGGCCGAAAGACUGGCCUAGUCAAGUACAUGUACAUGGGCCUCGGCUUCUCAAUCACCUUCUUGAUCAUGUACCUCUCCUAUGGUGUGGCCUUUUGGUUCGGUUCUCUUUUAAUCGUAUGGGAUCCGACCUUUGAUCGUGGUACUAUAUUUACUGUAUUCUUCGCUGUUAUGACUGGAUCUACAUCAUUGGGUGCGGCUCUACCUCAUCUUACCGCAAUAUCAAUGGGUAGGGGUGCUGGACGAUACGUGUUGGGUGUGAUCAAUAAUGUACCUUAUAUUGAUCCGUAUUCGAAGAGAGGAGCUGUUAUUAGGAAGCCUAAAGGGGCUAUUGAGUUUAGUGGAGUGCACUUCUUUUAUCCAUUGCGCCCGGAUAUUAAGGUAGGUGUAGGUAAAAAGAAGUCAAUGUAGAGUAAGGUAGAUUAAUUUAAAAUAGAGUUAGGUAGGGUAAAUUAGGGUGAGUAGGGUAAAGUAGAGUAGAUUUUUUUAUUUUUCAAAUGAUUUUAGAUUCUGAAUGGAGUCAGCUUCAAAGUAGAGCCAGGUCAAAAAGUAGCGUUAGUCGGAGCCUCAGGCUGUGGAAAGUCCACUUGUCUUAACCUGGCUCUCCGCUUCUACGAUCCAAUCCAAGGCACAAUCACCAUGGACGGUUACGACCUUCGAGAACUGAAUGUAGCCAAACUUCGUGACCUAAUAGGUGUAGUUAGUCAAGAACCAGUACUAUUCGAUGGUACUCUCGAGGAAAACAUACUAUUGGGUAAUGACAAGGCAACACGAGAAGAUGUCAUUCAUUGUUGUAAAAUGGCAAAUGCUUUUGAUUUUAUUCAGAAGUUGCCUGAGGGCAUGUACACAAGAGUUGGUGAGAGGGGUGUUCAGUUGAGUGGUGGACAAAAGCAGAGAAUUGCCAUAGCCAGGGCGUUGAUCAAGAACCCGAGGGUCUUGUUGCUGGAUGAAGCCACGUCGGCUUUGGAUACGGAAUCUGAAGCUAUUGUGCAGGUAAUGUGAAGACUUAAAUCAUUUUGAGCUUGCUCUCAAAGCAAAUUCUUGAAGUUAAAGGGCACAGAACUAAUUGAAUAACCAAAUAUUAAUCUUUUCAACUCUUUUUUCUUGCUAUAUCUACAUUAAUAUUACAGAGAUCACUAGAGAAAGCUCAAGAAAGUAGAACAACUUUGAUCGUCGCGCAUCGCUUAUCCACGAUCAAGAAUGUGGACAAGAUUUACGUGUUCAAAGAUGGCAAUAUUGUGGAAGAAGGCACUCAUGCUGAUCUGAUUGAAGCGAAAGGACUAUUUUAUGAAAUGGUACAGUUUCAACAAAUCAAUCAAGAUGAGGAACGACAAAAACUGGGAGCUAUUAGAGGUGAGUCUUAUUCAUUGUUACAUCUUUUCGUAAUUUUAUGCAAAACUUAAGUUUUGUUAUGUUAUAGUAGGGUUUUGACCAGCUUAAAGUUCUUCUGGGUUUUUGAGCCAGGCCAAAGAAGAGGGAAACAUGGUGUUUUACUCUUCAAAGGUCAUUCCAAUGCAUAGAAUUGAGAAAUAGGUUAACAAAUUUAUAAUAAAGUCUUCAGAACAUUCAAACGAAAGUGAUGCGAGUCCAUCAGAACGUUCCUCUCGUCCUACUAUUAUGCGACAGCUCAGUCGAAAAUCCAGUUCAGCUCAAAGUCCCAAAAAGAAAGUUUCCGCUUCGUCAGCUGUUUCUCGGUCAAGUACGGCUACGAUUUAUGAUCUACAGAAGGAUUGUGAGGUAUGGAAUUUAAACAUAAUAGUUAUACUGAGGUUUAGUAACAAGUAAGAAAGAAUAGUACUAUACUAGGGCUCGGCGUGGAUUAGCACUUACCAUAAUAAUCCUUUUUCCAUCGUACCUAACUUAACAUCAAGCUGCAAUAGAUAAAAGAAUUUUUUUAAAAUUUUUAAACUUCAAUGACAUUUUUACGCAUUUCAGGAGCGAAGGCUGACACCAACACCCAUUUCCAAAAUCAUGAGGAUGAACAAAGACAAAUUUGGCUGGCUAGCACUAGGAUUGACCGGAUGUUGUGUUAGUGGCCUCGUUAUGCCAUUCUUUGCCUUGGUUUACUCACAAAUAUUUUCUGCAAGUUUUUCUUUGUCUUUUUAUUAUGCAUUGAUAUUAUUUUCAUCAAUGUAUUGAUAGUGUUUUCUAGUUUUAUUUAUUAAUAUUUUGAUAUUUCGUCGCGGAACGUCGAUCAAUUGUUGCAACCCGCUGUAGAUAAAAGAUAUAAUUUUAUUUUUGAUAUUUUCCUUUUCAUUUUGUUGUCAAAGAUAUUAUAUUAAGUUUAAUCUCUGUGAUUAAUUUGAUUUUACUCUAAUAAACGAUAUUGUUUUAGGUGUUCAGCGAGCCAGUAGAUCAACUUCAGAAAGAUGCUUUAUUUUGGGCUUCAAUGUUCGUCGCCAUUGGAGUUUUGAAUGGAUUGGGCUUCUUUACCUCUGUGAGUACUAAUAGGACCAUAACUACUUAUUUUACUGGUUUUUGAAUAUAUUUUAUGGGCUUUACUUCAUUAAGCUCACUUUUCAAAAAUACCCAAAUUUCUUGACUAAUUUUUUAAAUUUCACAAUUUCAGGCCAACUGUCUAGGUCAAUGUGGUGAAGCAUUGACCAAAAAGCUCCGUUAUGAAGCGUUUAAGAACUUGAUGCGACAAGACAUUGGAUUCUACGACGACAAGCGACAUAAUACAGGCAAAUUGGCGACUCGCUUCUCGACUGAUGCACCUAAUGUAAGAUAUGUUUUCACGAGAUUACCUGUGUUAUUCUCGUCGAUUGUGACACUGAUUGGAGCCAUUGUGAUUGGAUUUAUCUAUGGAUGGAAACUGGCAUUGAUUUUGCUUGCUAUUGUGCCUUUGAUUCUGGCUAGCGGGUAUUUUGAAUUGCAAAUGAAGGUAAGAUUUUUGUUUUUGAUCGGUAGGAGGAAGUAAACUAAAGAGAGGUUAAGGUAAUGUUCUGUAGGGCAAGGUAAGGUAGAGUAGGGAAGGCAGUGUAGAAUAAAGUAAGGUAGAGAAGGCUAGGGUAGGGUAUGAUAAGAAAUGGCAGAAUAAUGUAGGGUAGAGUUGAUUGGGGUUGGCUAUGUUAAGGUAUAGAAUGUAGUGUUUUAUUCUGGUAGUUCUAACUUUAAACUGACAUUUUUUUAGUUUGGAAAGCAAAUGAGAGACACGGAGCUACUGGAAGAAGCUGGCAAAAUUGCGUCGGAAGCCGUGGAGAACAUACGAACUGUGGCUGGCCUAAACAAACAGCUGAUAUUUCACUACAAGUAUAUGCUACAUCUGGUCGAGCCUUAUUAGUAAGACUUUUAGCUAUUAAUUCAGCUAAAAAUUGUCUUAUUGUGCAUUGGAAAUGAGGAUUUUGAAAAAUUUCAAUUUUAAUACCUAAAUAUUGUUCCAUAUUAAAAAAUUCAAUUACAGCACGAACGUGCGACAAGCCCACGUGUACGGUGGAGUAUUUGCCUUCAGUCAAAGCAUCAUGUUCUUCAUGUAUGCCAUCGCGUUCUACCUCGGCUCGGUGUUCGUGAAUGAUCGUAGUAUGGAGCCAGUGGCAGUUUACAAAGUCUUCUUUGCCAUCGCAUUCUGUGGCCAAUCUGUGGGCCAAAUCAGCUCGUUCAUACCUGAUAUUGUGAAAGCAAGGCUGGCAGCAUCCUUACUCUUUCAUCUUAUUGAAUUCCCAACUGCCAUUGACUCGCUGGACCCUAAGGGGAAGAAGAUUGUAAGGUUUGGAGAUGGAGAAUCUUGGGCGGGGUAUUUUUUAUUGGGGAGGAAUGAAAUUUAAAAAAAAAAAUUGUUGAACUCUUGUUCUAACCUGAAUUACUCUACCUUGUUUUAGAUUAAAAAUUAAAAAAUGAAAAUUUCAGUUGAUGAAAGGCAGUGUUGUACUGAAAAACGUGGACUUUGCUUACCCAACUCGGCCACAAAAUCGGGUUCUGAAGUCUUUGAAUGUUCAAGUAGAGGAAGGGAAGUCGCUGGCUUUGGUCGGACAAUCAGGGUGUGGUAAAUCGACUAUCAUGUCGCUUCUUGAAAGGUUUUAUCUGCCAAAACGGGGCUCUAUUGUAAGUUUUCUGUAGAACAAGAACUUUUUAUAGCCUCAAGGAAAACCAGCGUAGACCUAAGCUUGUACUUUUAAAAAUGUUUAAGAAACUAAACUUUCGCCUGAAAUUCUAUAAACUUUCAGACCAUAGACGGAAUGUCAAUUGACGAGUUAAAUAUUCACAAUCUCCGUGAUCAAGUCUGUAUCGUAAGCCAAGAACCAACUCUGUUCGACUGCUCUAUCAAGGACAACAUCACCUACGGAAUGCGGAAACCAGUCACGAUGGACGCGAUUCACAAAGCCUGCGAAUUGGCCAACAUCCACGACUUCAUCAUGUCUCUACCUCAACGAUACGACACUCGGGUGGGCGAGCGUGGCACACAGUUGAGUGGCGGCCAAAAACAACGAAUUGCCAUAGCGAGGGCGGUGAUCCGCGACCCUGCCGUCCUGCUCCUCGACGAAGCCACAUCGGCAUUGGAUUCGGAAUCAGAACGAGUGGUACAAGAUGCACUGGAAAAGGUGCGCAAAGGUCGUACCUGUAUUGUGAUAGCACAUCGCUUAUCGACCGUUCAGAACGCCGACCAAAUCGCCGUGGUGAGAGAGGGAAAAGUGGUGGAAAAAGGCACUCAUUUUGAACUCUUGAAUCGACCAGACGGAGCUUAUCGACAGCUUUGUGCUACGCAAAUCUUGAACGAUGAAGCUGUGAAUCAAUGA